ACAGUAUAGACCAUGCCUAGAAUCACACCAGGCCCACUCUCUCUAGCCGCUGACUUGUCAGCGCUAGAAGAGACAAUCAUCGCGCAUGAAUCCAUAUUGGUCGAAAGCCUGGCUUCCACCUAGUGAGCCACAAUCAUCCAGUAACAUGUGAUGCUUGAAGCUGGCCGUAUCGCAAGGAGAGCUUGAAAAUCGUGAAGGCAAGUCGUGCUCAGAUAGCGCCGCAGGCUCACGAUGUGGUAGAAGAGAGAGGCAGCACGGCAGGAUUGAGUGACUGACGCAAUGAAGCAGCAGCGGCUGACCUGGGCUGCUAUUGGUGUACCUUGCAUACGCAACUCGAGCUUGAGCUUGAGCUACAGCUCACAAGACCAACAACUUACAAAGCGACGAUGUCGGUACAUAUGAAGACCUACUCCAUAGCUACAUCUUGGUGCCAGCUCAUCCAAGCAGUGCCCAGCCCUCUCCCUUCUGACUCAAAUCAAAACCAUACAUCAUGGAAGAAUCCCAAUCCCGCCCCCAGAGGCUCCCCUUCGCUGACCGCCUGAACGACACUGCCCGCAACCACUUCGUAGCGUGCUGCGGCGAGUUCAUUGGCACUUUCUUCUUCCUCUUCUUCGCUCUGUCUGGGACACAAGUCGCCAAUACAUCGCCAAACCACCAGGGUGAGAACGAGCUGAACAGGUUGACAUUCAUUGCCUUAUCAUUCGGCAUCAGCUUGGCCGUCAAUGCUUGGGUCUGGUUUCGCGUUAGUGGAGGGUUGUUCAACCCUGCUGUCACCCUAGGAAUGUACCUAGCAGGCGCUGUCCCACUGAUCCGCAGCAUCCUAAUAGCUGUGUCGCAACUUCUCGGCGGAAUUGCAGCUUCCGCUGUAGUCCUUGCUAUCUUCCCGGGCAAGCUCGCCGUAACGACCUCACUAAGCGCAGGAACCUCCCUCCUCCAAGGCUUCUUGAUAGAAAUGUUCCUGACUUUCGAGCUUCUCGUAACAAUCAUGAUGUUAGCAGGAGAGAAACACGCUGCGACACCUUUGGCACCCAUAGGUAUUGGGCUCAGUCUGUUCAUCGCUGAACUCAGUGGGGUCAGUUUCACAGGCGGGAGUCUGAACCCCGCGAGGUCUUUCGGUCCUGCGGUCGUUCUUGGGAAGUUCGGAGAUGAGCACUGGAUUUACUGGGCUGCUCCUGCUGUAGGCGCGGUGGCGGCGGCGGGCUUGUACAAAUUCCUCAAGAUCCUAGAUUACGAGCGCGCGAACCCUGGGCAGGAUGCUGCGAAGCCCGGUAUCAUGCCUGGUGAGCAUGGGGAUGGGAGGAUACGGUUGUUGGACGAAGAAUGAGAUGGAGGGCUGUCAGCCAUGCUUGCGGAAAUGGUUACCUUUUGUGCUCGCUGUCAUAGCGCUCGAGGCUGGUUGAUAGACUAUAUGGCUCAACCGAUUGUCGUUGGCAUAGCGCGGGAAGCGGGCAAUGGGUCAGUAGAGGGAAGUGUGAUAGGGCGCGUUGCGGAGCAUUGCACAGUCGAAUGUGUCGAGCAGUACAUUUUCAAUCCCAUGCCGGUGCGUCCCC